AUGAAUUUAAAAGGAAUAAAUAUUAAUUUGCUGACAAAACUUUUUUCCCAACAAGUAGAUCUUGGAACUUGCUUAGAAUGCUGCAGAUAUUAUGUUGCACCAGCCACAGCUGCCUGUGGACAUACUCUAUGUCUUGGGUGUUGGCGAGGCAGACGUAAAUGCCCUAAAUGUGCGAUUCCUGUGGAAAAGAAAAAUUUACAAUUAAAUCUUCCAUUGCAAAAUUUUACUCAACAUAUUCAUCUGCUUGUGGAAGCUUUUGAAAAACUGUUUAACAUAAAAUUGGACGAAUUUACCUUGGAAGCACCAAACGAAAAGCAACAGGAAGAAGUUUCAAAUAAAAAUGUUAAAGACUGGUUGGCGAAUUCCCAAAAUCAUUUUUCUGCUCCUAUCAGCUCUCAAUCAACGCAAGAUCUAGAUCCACACGUAGAAUAUAUAACUAGUGAAAUACAAGUUCAUACUACAAAUGUAAAGACUAGCAGUCCAGGUAAAAAAGUUUAUGUACCUGUUCCUCAAAGUGAUUAUGAUAAAAUUGAAGAAAUUACAGAAACUGAAGAAUGUUUAUUUGUAAAACAACAACAUAUUGCAGACCAAGUGGCUACAGAACCAUCUGUUAUUAAUGACGAUGAAUACACUACAGAAAAGCCACGUAGAAGUUCUAGAAAAAAAGAUACAAGUAGUACUUUAAAAGGUUCUGUAACUGAAGAUGUUACUGAGAAGAUUAGUGCCAAAACAUCAACCAUUGCAUCCUCCAAACCAUCUAGUAAAAUGAAACAAACAUGGAAUAAUGUAAAGAGAAUGAAAAAAGAAUUUAGUAGAUUAAACAAGGAAAAUAGAAAUAAAUUAAAUGUGUCUAUUGAAAUGUGUAAAAAAACUCAAGUGUCAAAUAGCAAAACAAAAUUAUCUGAUAAAGAAAAAUCACCGUCACCAACUCCAAAUAUCAUUGAAGCUGUUACCCCUAACAUUCCCCCUGCAGGUAAAGAGUUAGAAAAGCAUGCAUUAAUAGACAAACACAAUACAAUACAAAAUACUGUUAAUGAUAAAUUACAAAUAAAUACUGAAUUGCGUCCAAAACUAGCAACGUCAGUAAAUCAUUUUAAUCAGGAAAAUGCUGAAAUAAUUGCAGAGGAUAGUAAAUGUAAUUUGGUAAACAAUGAAAUAAUGAUUCUUGAAGACAAAAUAAUACUCCCACAAGAACAAAAAAAUACUCCAGUGGCUAUUGAAGAUAGAUGUACCAAUGAAGCAGUGAUAGACAAUUCAAGAGUAAAAUUCUUUAAGAAAAGUGCUUUACAUGCUAAAACAAAAGAGAAGAUUGAAGAAUUUAAAUGUAAAGAUUUUAAUGAAAUUACAACUGAUGAUAUCGAAAUUUCAAUUAAAAUUGGUAAAACUAGAACAAAUAUAUUUAUAAAGAAAAAUGAAAAUGAUGUGCGAUUAAAAAUUAAUACAGAUCGUGAAGUACAAACUUCUUUAGAAAAUGAUAAUAAUAUUUAUGACUUAAUUCGAACUUCAGAUUGUAAUAAAGAAGAAACAAAUAUACAAAACAUCGAAAUUGAUUUAAUUGAAUCUAAAUGUACUAAUAAUACACAAGCGAAAAUUGUUCAAUCGUCUAAAAAACCUCUACCAAAUCAAAAUUUACAUAAAUCUAGUUCAACAAAGAAAAACACUGCAUCUGCAGAUACUGUAACUGCACAUUUUGAAAUAACUGAGAGUGUUGAAAAAGAAUUAUCGGACAUUAUGGAAUGUGUUGAAAGUGAAAGUAUACAAAAUCCUAAAAAAGAUCUAACACACAGGUGUCAAAUAAUAAAUAGAACUGCAGUUGAAAAUUUGCAAAGUUCGUCACAAAAAGAAAAUAUUCCUGAUGACAAUGAUUUAAACUUUAUUGAUUGUGAAUCUUUAAAAGCAUGUAGUGUUCAAUUACUUAAAACAUCAAAAAAUGUAGCUUCAAAAAUUUUACUAUCAACGCAAAGCAAAGAUAAACAAAAGCAAUCAGAUAAACGAGUCCGAGAUAUAAAUAGUGACGAAAACUUACCUGUAAAUAAAAAGCAAAAGAUCUUAAAUGAAUAUAAAAAUAUUCACGUUGAAAAAGCAAGUAAAGUUAUUCAGGAAAAUUCUAAAGCAGUAUUAAAUGAAAGUGAGUGUAACAAUUAUGAUAUUGUUAUGGGCAAAGUAUUUGCUAAUAUUGAUGCAGAUAUUGAAAACAAUGAAAAUGAUGAAGACUCAAACAAAAGAGAAUCUCAUAAUACUAAAAAUACACGUGAUCGAAAAGAAGCCUGUGACUCUGAAAUUGAAAACCCAAAGUACAGCGAAAAUAUUUUUUCAGUUGUGGAAAAUGAUGAUAAUGGCCAAUCGAAGGAGUUAAAUUCUCAAAUGGCAAAAGCUACUCACCAAAAUAAAAAUCCAUUGACACCAAACUUAUGCCGAGAAUUUGCUUCAUUACAUAAAGGAGAUAUAGAAACUGAAGACUUAAUGAUCGAGCUAGGGACACCAUUCCACGAAAGUGAUGAUUCUGACAAAAGUAUAGUUGAAGACACCCCACAAAAAAAUGUUUCCAUUCCGAAAAUAAGCAAACAUAAAACGGAGCCAUCGUAUGAAGUGGAAAGUGAAAACAAACAAUUGAAUACAUUAAAUUUGAUUGGGAAUAAAGAGAACGCGAAAAGUGUUAUUACUUUAUCUGAUAGUGUUACGGAUUUGUCUAAAAGAACUAAAGAAAACACUAUCUUAGAAACGAACACAGACAGACAAACUCUCGGGACGCCAUUGACAAUAAACAAAUUUGUGGACGAAGUAACGCAUAAAUCCACUCCAAUGGUUCGAAAGUCGUUAAAUUUUAAUCGCGAAAACAUCGAAGAGAAUGAUCCUGAACAAACCCUAUGUCCAAGUUCAAUCGCGCUGGCCAACACUACACAAGAGAAAGAAUUCAUGAAUGAAAUUUUUGAACAAAGUCCAAAUUUACCAGUGUAUAAAGCGUUGCCUGUAUUGAGUCGCAUAAAUCGUCCCACAAAGUUUUGCAUUGCUGGUUCAUGUCUAACAGCCAACGAAGUAAUAAAAUUGAAGCUUCUUUGCAAAGAAAGAGGAUGGAGCUAUGUAGACAAAUAUACAAAGGAGUUAACCCAUUUAGUUGUUGGUGUGGAUGAAGAAAAUAGAUCACUAAGAUCUGUAAAAUAUAUGUGCGCUCUGGCAGCAGGAAAAUGGAUAAUUAGUUAUGCAUGGGUAGAAAAAUGCAUCCAAACGAAAACCAUAGUAUCGGAGGAGCUGUACGAAACGUUAGACAGCACAGGGGAGCCGGGGCCGCGACGUUCGCGCCUCGCCAAACAUAAGCUGUUCCAGGGCAUCACCUUUUACUGCAUGGAGCCGUUUAGUGUGCUAGAUGUCGGCACUUUAAAGGAAAUUCUGGAAUCGGCGGGUGGUCGUGUGGUGGAAGAAGCUAGGGAAGUGCGAGUCGUUAAUGAGAAGCCAGGUUUGUUGCUGGCCGAGCCCGAGCAUACGCAGGAGGAUCGAUUCAUGUACCUUGCAAUGGAGCUCAGCAUCGUGCCAGUGAACUUUGAAUGGGUAUUGAACUGCCUGGGCGGUUACACGCUGACCUCCAUACACGAACUAUUACUAUGCCCCUCUUCGCUUCUACCUCCAAUUACAAACAAGUGGCCUACGCCAUUACUCGCCCGUGAUUUUGACUAG